UUUUUGGUAAAUAUUUACCUAAUUAAUUCCGAAAACGAAAACAGUAAAUGUAUUCAGUAAAUCAUUAAAAGAAAGUUGACACAUUUUUUUGUAUUUUUCUUCAUUAUAGUGAAUAAAAUUUAUCAUUUAUCAAUCAAAUAUUGGAUUUCAGUUAUUAGAAAAAUUUAUCUUCUGCCAGGUUGUGAAAUUUUGGAAAUCUCCACUAAAUUAAAUAUUUUCAUAGAGCACAUUUUGAUAUUCGUAGUGCACAACAUUAUGCCGCUUAAUUGUUUGGGUUACAUGGAUGUGCUUGAUGAAAGUUUUUGAUAAUGAGAAGAAAAAAUAAAUGUUGUUUUUCUGAAUCACAGCUGCGUCUGUGAUCUUUUUUGAUAAAUAGUUUCAAUUUGUAUAUUUUCAAAAAGGAAGUGCAACGAUGUCUUUAAGUUUUGAUUCUUCAAAAUCUAUUGAUGAAAAAACUACGCCAAUAAUACAGAGAGUCUCUCCUAGAACGAUUACUGGCAUAUUAUCUGCUGCAAAUAGAGGAGCUUUGGAUUGGGGCUGGCAGUCAUUUGUAGCUUAUGGAUGUCAUAACCAUGUAGUUAUUAUUGAUACUCAAAAUGUUAAGAUUUUCCAAACUUUGGAAAAACAUACAAGUGAUAUUGUGAAGGUAAAAUGGGCUAAUGAGAAUUACUACCAUGAUUUAACUCAUCCCUAUUCUCUGAAGUUAGCAUCUUUAGACACUAGUGGUUUGAUUGUUGUAUGGGAUGUUAAAGAAAGCAAACCAAUUUCUUCUUUCUUCGAAACUGGCAAACCAGCUAUAGAUAUCGAAUGGUUGUCUGGUAGAGAUUCUUGUCAUCAACUUUUGGUUGGACUUCAUCCACCUUAUUCUAUUGUUGUUUGGAACACAGAAACCGGAAACAAAGUGUGGAAGAAAUCUUACACAGAAACACUUCUCUCUUUUGCUUUUGAUCCAUUUUCUGAAAACAAUAUUACAUUUUUAGCAUCUGAAUGCAUUUUAUUUGUGGAUGAUUUCAAUGUCCAUAAAGCACCUUCCAGUAAUGGUCGAAAAUUUUAUAUUUCCAACCCGUCUUCAAACUCUGGAUCUGAAGAUCGCAGCAAAGCUUCUGGGCGUGGAUCAAUCCCAAAAAGAAUGUGGCUUUUGGCAAAAGCUGAUUCUAGGCCCAGUGAAGAAGGCGUGACACUGAAUGAAUGCUUAAAUCUCACCUAUCAUAAAUCUUAUCGCCAUCAUCUCCUGUUACUCUACCCUAAGGAAAUCCUCAUAUUAGACCUUGAAAUCAACCAGACAGUGGGCAUUGUUACCUCUGAACAUACCGGAUCUCCCAUGAUGCAGCUGUAUUCCAGUUGGCAGAGAGAUGUGUUUUUUAUUCUUCAUGAAUCUGGCUGUGUAUCUUUUCGUUUAAGACAUCGGGGGAAAGCGCUUAUGGCGCUUGCAACUCCAAGUGAAUGUUCAGACACUGGUGUUAAUUCAAAUGAUGCUAGUUUAGAAGUGACCUAUGAUCUCCAAUGUCAGUCAGAUUCUUUGAGAUUAACAAAACAUGCAAAAGUAACUGGUAUGGCUAUUUGUCCAUUGAGUGAAGCAAAGGUUGCUCUACUUGUGAGUGAUGGACGUGUGUUAUUCUUGGAAGUGACUGCUUUGCAUAAGAAGGAAGAUAACUGUUUCUUACCUCCAUAUCUAUCUGCAAGCCUUGAACAUAGUCUUCCAGUUAAAACUGAAAGUGAAAGUCAGUCAGAAAAACCUCUGUUCCCUCUUCUGUCAGAUAGUCGUCAUCCAGCUAACACACUCUCUGAUAACAUUCCACCUGCUCUGUAUCGAAAUGAAGGACCCGGAAUGAAAAUCAUAAAAAAUGUGCGUUUCAAGAUGUUCAUUAUAGGUCAUUUGAGUUCUCUGGCUGCUCCUCCUCAUGUUAUAAGAAUGUGCCCACCUGUCACAUUUCGCAACUGGACUGUCUACAGACCUUUGAUGGCUGUUGGAAAUGCAAGUGGCAGCAUUCAGGUGAUAAAUAUGGCUACUGGCGUAAUUGAAAAAGAAUAUGCUCUUCAUUUAUCUCCUGUUAGGGGCAUUGAAUGGAUUGGAUUGACUUCUUUCCUUUCUUAUUCUCAUCCAAAUACCAUGAAUAGUGCUGGUCAUGUUAAAAAUGAACUUGUUCUAACUGACCUUCAGUCUGGACGAAUUAAGUCACUGAGAGGGGACAAAAGUGAAGAAUCUCCCAUUGACAUGAUUCGUGUUUCUUAUCUUAGGCAAUAUGUGAUUAUAGCUUUCAAGGAAGAACCCUUUGAAAUAUGGGAUUUACGUCAGCUCAUCCUUCUUCGUGUUAUGCCAAAAAAUUUUCCCAUUGUUACAGCUUUAGAAUGGUCUCCUGGUCAUUACAAAAAAACUCAUUCGUCUUUGGAUUUAUCUUUUGAUAAAGUCAAGGAGUCUAGUAUUACUAGUCACAGUGUGGCAACUGAGGGAGACAAUAUUCAUAAAACAGUAUCAUAUACAAAAGAGCAUCUGGUAUUCACAGAUACUAAUGGACAACUAUAUCACUUUUCUGUUGAAGGGAAUGUUGUUAAACAUGGAUCUGUAAUUCCUGCUGAUCAAGCUAUGGGAAGUGUUACAUGUAUAGCUUGGAAAGGUGAUCAUAUUGUUCUUGGAGAUGUUGAUGGGAAUUUAAAUAUUUGGAAUUUGAAAGGAAAAGUUUCUAAAGGUAUCUCAACUCAUCGUGGUUGGAUCAAGAAAAUUCGCUUUGGUCCUGGUAAAGGAAAUAUGAAGAUCUUAGUAUUAUAUAAUGAUGGAGUUGAUGUCUGGGAUGUAAAAGAUGUAACUUUUAUGCACCAAGUACGAUGCCCUCGUGAAAUGCCAAAAGUUCAGGAUAUGGAUUGGGUAGGCUCUGAUCGACCAGUUCUUGCUACUGCAGAUGGUUGUCUGAGAGUUACUGAUAUCAUGUUAAAAUCAUGUUCUUCACCUAUUCCUGAUUAUCAACCAUCAGAUUUUCCUAUUACUCCUCACAUUUUGUCUCCUAGAGUAUCUUUGUACAUGAAAAGUUUUCUGCAUCAUAUUCUGUGGAAACAGAAAUUCAACACAGAUAUUGAUCAACAGGAUGACACAGAUAUGAUUUGGGCUGAAGAACAACUUGAAACGCUGGAUGAUGAUUUUAGGCAUUAUCUUAAAUGUUGUCCUUAUGGAACAGCUGAACGAUGCCUUCAUGUUUCUAGAUUAUAUGGAGACAAAGAAGGUUGUUUAUUUUGGUCGGUAGCUUUACAUUUCUUAAAACAGCAAAAAUAUCAGAUGUUAUCGUCAGAAUCCAAGCCUAAGGAACAAACUGGAACAAGGAAUGAAAAUCCUCUACAUUUUCUUGAUCAGCCAUUAGACACGGCAUAUGAUUUCUUUUGUGACAGUGAUAUAUAUAAGAAACUCCAGUUAGAUCGAGUUCGGCUCCACUUGAGCAAGCGAACUGCAUAUGCUCAAACUCAACAGUGUGCAGAACGCUUGUUGCUUUUGGGGCAAACAGACCAAGCAGUGCAGCUCCUUCUUGAAACUGAAUCAGAAAAUGACAACUUUUAUGAAGAUUGUCUUAGAGCUUGCCUCAUUGCAACUGUCCAGUCUUCUGGAACCUCACAGUCCAUCAUCAAAUUAGUAUCUACAAAUCUUAUAGCCAGUGGUCGAAUUUCAGAGGGUGUGCAGCUCUUGUGUCUUAUAGAAAAGGCUUCAGAUGGUUGCCGCUAUUUGCAAGGUGCUGGACGCUGGGAUGAAGCAGUAUGGCUAGCUAAGGCCACUCUUCCCGUUAAAGAAAGUCAAGAAAUUUUGAAACGAUGGGUAGAUUAUCUAUGCUCACCUCUCAUCGACCAAAAGAACAAAGCGAUUUUAGCCCUUUUAUCAAUGUAUGAAUUUUGGAAAGUUAUAAAGCUACUUCAUACUUCACAUAUGAUAGAAAGGGCAGCACUUUUUCUACAGUCAUGUUUAGAAUUCGGAUUGCUGACAAAAACAACAGAGAAUUCUCAAGAUAUAGAUGCCAUUUUCAUGGAUUAUUCAAGAUAUUUAUUGUCCAUUAAGAACCGAAGCUCAGCCAUACAUUACUGCAAAUUGGUCUCUGACAUUGGUGAUGAUCUUAGGAAGCAGUUCCAGUUUAUAUCAGAUGAUUUAUAAUUGUUAAUUUAAUUGUAGAAUCAAAAUUAUGUGGUAGUGCAAAGAACUGUUCUUUCAAUACUGGUAAUUAUAUUUAUAUAACUUAAGGGAAUAAUCCCAGAAGUCUUAAGAAGGGGAGGGAGGGGAUGAAUCUUGGCAGCCUCAAUAAUCUCAUUUGUUCAAAUGCUGAACAAAUUGUACUUUCUCAUUUCUGAUUAUUCUAUGAUUCCAUUUAAUUUGCAAUAAUAUUUAACAGUAAUUCAGACUUUUUAUAAUACUCUUAAUAUAGUCAUUUAUUUAUUUCUCAUGUUUGUUUAGUACAAAACCAUUCAUCUGCUUUCCCUAUUUUCUUAUGUUUAUGCCUUAAACACGAGAUGUACCCAUUUUCAAAUUCAGGAAAUGAUAAUUCUGUUUUUUUUAUUACAUUAUGGUAUUGAGAUUUUAUACUUUUCUGACAGGGGGCCUUUUAUGUUAUAAUUAAUUAUCAAUCAAAGUCUACAAAUUCACAAGCUUACCCAAAGCUGAAAAAGGAUGGGACCAUAUGAAGAAGCUUGGGAUAACAAUUGCAAUGUUUGUAUCAAAGAUGUUUGUUGUUAACAUUCCUAUAAUGCAUUUUAUACAUAAAUUUGUUUUAUUUUUUUAUUUAAAUUUUGUGCUGAUUUCUAGUCAAUAAAAUAUUAUUGCUUUGAAUUGUAUUUUUUUUUUAUUACUAAUAAAUUUUUUAUGAUCA